ACAGGCCCCUCAAGAUACGCAAUAUACCUCUAAAAGAUAGGAAAUAGGCCUCUCAAGAUAGUCAGAGGGCCCUAAAAAGAUCGUCGUAGGCAUAUCAAUUAUCUUUGAAGCGCUUAAAUUCUUUGUGCAAUCUCUAUUACUUUGUCGACCACUCCCGCCUACCAGGGCUAACCACCAUUGCGCCACAUCACCAACGACAAUCAUCUUGUCAUUAUAUGGGCAUAUCACUCAUGGCGGCAGUUAUAGCUGCUGAACACGACCUGAUAUAUGGCGGCAAAUAGGAAGCUUGAAGGUCAACUGCCUGCAUCAGUCAACCCUCAGCCUAUAACACUUCGUGGAACUGCUGCAAUGCGAGGAUGCAAUGCACAACACAUCCGCCAUUUGAUUUGACGUGUUAAGAAAUACAGUAGAUUAAGUGCAGUUUUGAUCACAUCAUCAGUGCGCAUUCCUGCUACACAGGCUGUCAACCAGAUCCAUUUAACCAUGAGACUGCCACUCCAAUCCCCAGUCUCUGGACUGGCUUCCCAUCACCCGUUGAAAAGGCUGCGCUUCGAGCUUUCCAAAUAUCAUUUGCUGUACAGCCAUCAUUAUCACCCAGAUACGUACGCUUAGGCUUCAAAAUGGCACGCUCAGACUUUGCAGGCUCAACUCUAGGCUCAGAGCCCUCAAGCCCAACCAGUCCCAUCGGGAGUGACAGGUCGCGUGGAAGCAGCGCUCCGACAACUGUAACAGCGGCGUCAGUGGAUCCCUUGAUCAACCCGGCACAAGCAAUAGACGGAGCGGAACACCAACCGACUCCAUCACUCGCAUCAAUUGCCAUUGAGGAACCAAUCCCCGCUGAAGGCUGGCUUGAUCUCGCAAGAUUGAUGACGAAGACACCAGAUUUUGUGGCCUUUUCGCGGUUCCAUGACCUUCACAUCAAAAACCUAUUGUAUUAUCAAGUCGAGUUAUCAGUGUUGAGGGAACAAUUGAAGGAUCUGGAAGAGCUGGACAGAGAUUCGAAUGGUCUCGACCUUCAUGGCGAGUCUGAGUUUCACAAAGAACCCGAGAAGAUUUUCUGGGGACCGGGCACCGACAGUAAACAGUUUUUGAAGAUUCGAGAAUUGAGGGAAUGUUUGAAGGGCUACGACGAAGCGCUCUUGCAGUACUCCCAAAUAUCAACGCUCCCUGAACCCAGUACGCACAACAUGCGACAACUAGUGAAGUGGCUCCAGGACGAAGAUCAUGGGAACAUGACUGUUCAAGGAGUUGGCAGCGAGAUAUGGGGGGAUCAGCAAAAGAAGCCAGAGCCUCCCCCACUUCGCCAACAGUUCAUGAAUCUCAUCAGCUUCUGGAACAAGACGGAACCGCCAACCAGAGCAGACCUUGUAGCACCUCGUUGGCGAAAGGAUGUCGACGGCCUGACACGGUGGCUCGCGGAGGAACUCAUUCCCUUCAGAGAAGCUGUAAAAAACCCCCACAAGAGAGAAGCGGAUGAUUCGGAGUCUACGGCCGGUCAAGAGGGAAGUGAAAAGACAUCUACCAACCAUGUGGAGGAUGCAGAUAAAGAAGCUCAGAAAAGGAGGUCAAGAACCGACAACGUUCGAGCAUACUCGGGAGACACGCUACUCAAGCUGACUUAUCGCGGAGCAACUUUGGUGGCCUGCAUGCUUCCAAUUGUCGCCAUUCUUUGCCUCUCGAUCAUCCCCAACUUGUACCAUAAACUGGCCAUGAUCACAUGCUUCACAGUCCUCUUCGCCAUAGCAGUAAUGUGCAUGACCGAAGGGACAAGAGUUCAAGUGUUUACGGCCACCUCCGCAUUCCUCGCCGUACUGGUGGUUUUUGUCCCGGUUCAAAGUUCCUGAAAUUCUAGACCGCGCUACAUCGUCAGUGAUGCUUGGUACCUACCUAGAUAAUAGGCUUUAAAAAUAGUCAACAGGUCUUGAAGGAUAGUCAGCAGGCCUUGAAAGAUAGUCAUUUAGCUUAAAAUAUAGUUAAUAGGCCUUAAAAAUAAAUAAUAGGCCUUAAAAGAUCGUGAAUAGGCCUCCAAAGAUAGUUAAUAGGCCUUCAAAGAUAGUUAAUACGCU